AUGUGCAAAUCCAGGCAAAACACAGGCCUUACUCCAGCAGGAAACCUGUUGCAAUCAUUAAAAAUUGUAAUUCACAAACGUUCCCCAUUCAACUUGACUGGAAGUGAGAAAUUUUGGAAAUAUUAAAUACAUAUAUAUGUUCCAUAAAAUCCUAAUAAAUAGAUUGAAAUUUUGUAAAAUUUUUAGUGUGAAACAGUUAAGCGGCAGAGAAUACUUUUGUGACAUUGUGAUAAGCUUGUAAAUAUAUUCAACUCAAAUGUUGUAGCUGUAAUUUGCUUAGUAGAGUUAAAUAAGGAAGUUAGAGAUGAGGAAGUUUAGUACAAUCUUCUUCCCAUGUAGUCAUUUCUCUUCACCUCAUUCAGGAAAUCAUAAGAUCACUCACAAGCUGUCAAGCUACAGACAUGAAGCGAGUGCUUUGGCUGCUUUUCCUGCUUAUGCACCGAGCCGGGACAGGACACGGUCAAAAAUCAGAGAGAUGCUUGUUUCAGCAGCAACAGUUGAUGUGGAGAAAUAUAGGUGAAAAAGCUGUUCUAAAUUGCAGCAUUAAUUCACACUGUUCAGCUGGAAAGCUAGAGUUUGAAUGGUUUCUUGUUAAACAGCAUUCCCAUAAGCGUCUUAUGCAGACCCAUAGGUACAAAAUUUAUAAAAAUCUAUUAAACAUUGAUUCUGUUGAUGGCAACGACACUGGGCUUUACCUCUGUGCUGCAAAAGAGGCAGAAUGCUGCCAACCCUUUGUAGGAAAUGGGACACUCCUUGUCGUGGGAGAAAAACCUAGGGUAAUGCUGUGGAGGAUUCUUGUGUGGGUUUUAUUUACCCUCUUAGCCAUCUACAGCUUGGCUUUGGUUGCGCUCAUCAUAGUAAGGAAGCGUGACUGUAACUUGACCUUCGGCAAAAAGAGCCCUAAAACCGAAAUGCAGAAUAGCGUAAGGAAGAAAACACAGUUUAGAGAUGUACUGCAAGAACUCCACAGCAGGUCGACUGUGAGCAAAAGGAAACAAAGCGCAAGAGGAAAUGGUUCCCAAGUUGGGGCAGUAAGUGCAGACGGCAACAUCUCUACCGACGACAUCUACCAAAAUGUCUGAUGGUCUUCUCACCCUGUUAGAUAACAGCUUCAGGAGGAUGUUACAAAGCUAUGAAACAUGUGUUCGAGGCGACUGUUCUGUUGCAAAUAGAAACCCAAAUGAGUCAGGAGACUGGUUGGCCCUUUGCUCAAGCUUACCAAUGAAAUGAGUCAUUUACUGCACAGUAAUGAUGCUGUCUCAGUGUUUUCAGCAGCGUCACAUUGACUGUCUCUUUCCAGAGUUCUGUUCAAACUUUCUGCUCAGAUGAACUAGCCCUUGCAAGUUUAUUCUUGAGCUGUAAUUGGAGACAUUUAUGCAGCACAGCCUGGAAGAUUAAAUGAGAAAUGGUUCUUUUAAGCGUUCAACAUAGAUCCAAAAGUUGAACAUGGCACAUGAAAUAGGUGGUUUUAAAUAGAAACAUUAGUAAAAUAAAAAUAUUUCAACUGUGCAAUGCAAAGAUCCUCUGCCAGUCUCAUAUUUUGUUGUAAGGUUGAUUUGUUAUUUUUUUUAAAUUCAAUUUGUGAAUCUUAAAAAUCCUGUCACGCUCUGUAAAUGAUUGACACUGUAUUACAAAAAGUUUUGGUCACUUGCUUUUAAUAUGAACUUUUAUGAUGUCCCAUUUCAAUUGCAGAUUUAGGAGUUUGUUCAUGAAAAUUGUUUUUAAUCAUUAUUCCAGAAGUGCAUUAAUGAAGUCAGACACUGCUUACUAAUUAAACUUUAGCUUUAAUAACAUAAAGCUACAUAAGUUUUAAAGUUAAAUCAGUUAUACUUAUAUAACAAAUUUAUGUCAGAUCAUGAAUUCUUAAUGACAAGUUGUCAUAAUGAAGACAUUUUGAAUAAUGUCAAUAAGUGUCAUGAUUUACUGAAUGACACUUUAUGACAGAUGUUAUGUCAUGUUAAUGACGUUGUCGUGACAGUCUUAUUCACAACCCGUCAAAUAAAGUGCUACCCUUUUUCCUUU